AUGACGACCUCAUCCUCUACGUUUCGAUUGGGGAAAGAUUCGCAAGCAAUAUACCCAGAUUUCGCCCCCGGGUUUAAAGGUUUUUUUGGUGUCUACAGUGGUGCGAAGAAGGAAUACGCAUUACCCGACUACACUGGAAGUACCGCCAGUCUCAGCCGUGUGGAACAGUUGAUUCGUGAAUCCAUAGAAGGAGCGAAGAAGGAAGGAGCGAAGAAAGACGAAGUACCAAUGUAUGGACCACUUGCAAAGGCUUUGACCCUUAUUAGUCUUGAUGUCUGCCAAGACGACAAGGUUAUUGCUUUUGUGCCGAACCAUAAUGUGCAUCUGAAGGUAACGGACGGAUCAAGAGACAAACCGGACUUAGUAGGCUUUUUCGUCAAAUGCGAGAACGCGGAACGGCUGGUCAAUGAGGCAAACUACAAGAUAGAAGUCCCCUCUGCCCACGAGAUCAAAGUAGCUGUCGAGUGUAAAGUCGAGGAGAAUCCACUACUGCAAGGAGAACGUUACUGUUUCGCACUUGCCCGGCAUAGGCAUGGAUCAUCCCUUCAAUAUAGUCUUAUAAUCAACACGAAUCGCUUUCAGCUCAUUUCUCUCAACUUGGACGGCUAUGGUAUCUGGGAUCCAGUAAACUGGAAGAAGAAUGAUCAGACACCAAUCCUUAAACUUUACGAGUCCAUCAAACUCAUUUGGAUUGAAGCUUCAAAAGCCCGAGAUAAGCGUGUUCCCGUUCCGGAGUUUCUAAUUACAUUGGACAAUGGGAAGAGCAGGUCUAUCGCGCUAUACACCACUUGUUUGGAUGGCAAACUGUUUUAUCUCAUUCCGAUAUUUAUUGGGAGAGGUAACGGGCGCAAGCCUUUUGUCGCAUUGGGCUUCGCAGCAGAUGACUUCCAGCUUCAUCGUGCGGUUAAGUGGUCUUGGCAUCUGGACGACAAUCAUUCGAGGGAACGGUAUUUCCUAGGAAAGCUGAAGGAUGCACCAGGUGUAGUGCGCAUUGACGAACAGCUGUCGAGUGAUUCCGUUCAACAUGACGCAGAGAGUGGUCGAAACCAAAAUGUUGUAGUACAGGAAACGAUAGGGCGGUCUGUGUCAUCUUGCAGAUCUGUUCUAGAGUUCCUCGAAACUAUGUACGAUCUUCUCGAAGUACUUCGUUAUCACGUCUGCGAGGCGCAUGUUUUGCAUAGGGACAUUAGCUGGGGAAACGUCCUCAUUCCUGAGAAGGAUACACCUCAAAUACCAAAGAAAGAAGCAAAUUGGGACAAGUAUCAAUUUAUAUCGGAUUAUUAUGGUUCCGAGGAUGAUAUACCUAGGGAUAAUACACUGCAAAACACUAAACCACGACGCGUUCGAGUUGCACUCGCCGAUUUCGAUAAUGCACGAGACUUGACAUCUGAGACCGAUGACUUGAAACAUGCCACGGGUACACCGAUGUUUAUGGCCAGGGACGUUCUGGAACCCCGUUCCAAGAGACAUAUGCGUUCGUUUGUCGAGGAUGACGUGGACAUGAUUCAGGUAGCCGCUGCCAGUAGCGUUAAGCAAUAUCAUAAUGGGGAAGAAGCAAAAUGGGAAGGCUUCUACCGUGAUUUAGGUCACAUCCGUUAUGUGAACAGAAAGAAUCCGGAGGAAACAUUCCGACAUGGUGCCAUGCAUGAUGCCGAGUCCGUCUACUAUCUCUGUCUCCUGUUUUUCUCUCGCAUGGUGCGCGAGGGAGAGGAAAUAUCAGACGAUGACCUUUACAAGAAGCAGAUUGACAGGGGUGAAGUAUUUGGGCAAUUAGCUAGAAAGAAAGCUGGACGUGGGAAUUCAGAUCCGUUCCCUCACGAGUUGCCUUCGUCUGGUUUUGAAGCAGAUUUUUUCGAUAUGCUUCACGUUUUUUACUAUUAUCUCAAGACACCGUGGUACAAUGUUUUAUACACAGGCCAUGGCGAGCCGUUCGAGUUUCAUUUGCAUGAUUUCAUGCAAAGGCUCUUCCUCAAGGAGAUAUACAAACUACGGAUCUCGUCAAGCAUCCCUUUAGAACUGUACCCACUCGCUGUAAAGUCCAAUGUUGCAGUUCACGGUGAUUCCUACUCCUUCCAAUAUAGCUCAUCAGGCAUGAAAACCUAUACUAAAAUUAUGCAACCGGCAAACAACAAGGGCCCUACUGAUAGAAGCGCUAAACGUAUCAAACUUGACAAGGCUCCGGAUUUCAUGAAAACCACCAAUCUAGACUCUAUGUGUAAUUGGUCGUCAUUCGACAAAGAUCGGGCACAAGAAUUGACGAAGAGUAUUCCGGAAGUUCUCUUGAUGGUUUUAUGGCACAAGAGAAAGGAGAAAUUGUGGCUUACCAGCGAUAAAGACGAGUAAUGCCUAGCUGACGUUCGCUUGGUCUUGCAUUUUAAGUCGGGACUUCGGAUCCGUCGUUCGUGGAAUCGGUUGACAUCAUGCUUUGGUUUACGCUAUCUCGCUAUCUCGCUUUCGCAUAUUCGCACAUAUCGAACGGAAAUAUUGCCAUCCUAAGUACGCCAUACUUUAAAGUUGUAUAAGUAAGAGAUAUAUCCCUGUUUAGCUACUGUA